CUUUACGAAGUAACUAUCUUAUAUUUGUAUGCAACAAUAUUUAAAUUAACUUCAUUGUACGAAGACUUACUAAUUUAUUGCGUACAAGCGUAUCCAAUAGAUUGUCAGAGUUAUUUCGUAAGUCUUGAUAUAACGAAUUUCAGUAUAAACUGUAAUUGAUUGAAAUGGAUCCUUAAAUCAAGAUACAACGCUUUCUAAGUAUAAUUAUAUUAAAGAAAUUGUCCAAAAUAUCGUCACGUUGCAACACAUAGCUGUGUUACAGACUCGCAAUUAAUCGUGUACACUACAAUCACAACCACAUCCUCUAAUUUUCAAAAUUCUUUUUCUCGAUAACGGGAAGUGUUACAAGAAAUUCUAUUCUACAUUUUCGAUUGGUUUUUUUCACGAAAAAUUGCUUGCUUUCCGAUUGUACUACGAUUAUUGGGUCACUUGUAUGUGUGUGGUAGAGUUUGAGCCAAAUGCAUAAUACAAAUGAAUUCAGAAUUGCUAACGAAACUUGUACAAUAAAGACCCGCUAUAUGGGAUAAAUCAUUAAGUUUCUAUAAAGACAAAGCUGCAGAAGAGUCUGUAUGGCAGUAAAUUUGUUUUAUACUGAAAGAAGAUUUCGAGAAAUUGAACGACGACGACAAUACGUCGAUCUUCUCGAAAUGUAAAUAGCAGGAUGGACAAAUAAACAGGGAAUAGACGUAUCUACACGCGUAAAAAUUAAAUUUUUGGUGCAGAUAUGGAACUGUGCGAACGUUGCUUUCAGUUCGAGACGGUAAAAUGUUCAAAUCGGUAAAUAAAUCAUAUCUUGUGAACAGGCUGUAAAGCACCUUAAACCCGAAUUUUGAACGAACUUCAUCGCACUUGUCGCGGAUCGGCCUUCGUGAUAGGACAUCGUCCAGUGGUCGUCCGGUGGCACCUGAAUUGUCAAAUUCUAUGCCACGCAAUUGCCCCCUUUUGUCUCGAAUUUAUAGAUCUGAUUUCACCGUCUGAUCAAAGAAGCCUUGCUACUUUAUCGUAAGCUUUCGCAAUGAGAACUAAUAACGACGAACGCGACGCAGUGACACGCGCGAGUGUUGAAAUUACCACGUAAACGAGUGAAAUGUUUAUAGUGUUCACUUUGAUGUAUGUACCAAGGUAGUAAGCUGAAGGAUGAAAUUAUUCUCCUCGACGAGUUCACGUAACUUAAACUCGUCAUAGCAAAAGCUCGGCCCAAGGAUUACUUAUUAACGAUGAACAAAGCUCACAUGGAUAAAAGACUGAAUCAAUUGCCAACUUGGCUGUGGACUAAUUCCACUACUUUACCGCCGAUCUAUAAGAUGGUAUGGGAAGCAGUGCGAGAGGAUAAGGUCAGAUCGAACGGAAUGCAAAUAGAGCUGCUCGUCGACACCAACAAAGUCUUUCCAUUGUUGCUCACUAGUCAACUACCCACAGAAGUUCUUGGUCACAUAUGGAACUUGGCAAAUCAAAAGUACGCUGGUCAACUAACGGAGCAAGAACUAUACAUCGUUCUUGCUCUUGUCGCCGCAGCACAGGCUUCUUACACUUUUAAUAGUCUAGAUAUAUUACAUUUACUUCCAUUCCCGCCUACCCCGUACUUAAAUAUCGAAUGUUUGAUGAAACUACAACCUGUCACACAAUUGAAUUCUGCGGCUAAAUUUCAAAGCUUCAACGAAAACACGGAAGUUAAUUUCCUCGGUCCAGACGGAAGAUACUCCGCGGACAUUAAAGGAAAGACAAAAUUGCAACAUGGAAUCAUAUCUUCGGAUUUAAAUACACAAAUGACAAACAACGUACCUGCAAAAGUUUCAUGUUUUGAUAAUAAAUCUCAUGCUUCUUCUAACGCUGUGUGGGAUUUAAAUAAUGUAUUCAAAGAAGGAAAGCAAAUUAAUCGCUCUCAGUUAGAUUCUAAGCAUUCGUCCGCGGCAGAUACGUGCGAUGACUUUUCUGAUUUUCAAAGCGCUCCGAUUCCUAACAUUCCCAGUGUUCCUAUUUGGGAUACUAAACAAGGCUCGGCUAUCGGCAGCAGACUCGCGAAUCACAAUUUAGGUGUUAAGAAACCCGUGGAGAAGUCAAAGAAAAAUAACAUUAAUGCUAAAUCUGUGCACGGUGCUAUUCAAAUGCGGGUUACGUCUGCACCUUUAAACGCAAUGCCUCAGAAUAAAGAUCAGCCUACACUAGAUUCACCAGAAAUAUUUCCUAAAUGUACAAUAAAGAAUCAAUCUAAAACAGUAAUACUUAAGGAUACAGUGAUAAGAAACAAUGAUCCGCCCAAGGACCAUAGUGAAAAUGUAAAAGAUCAUACAAAUACAGAGAUUAUGAAUUUAACCAAUGAUAAAGAUCUAUCGAACAAAUUAGAAUGGUCAGAAAAGGUUUCAACAGGAACAUUGCAACCUACUCAACAGGACCUUAUGAGUCUCCAGCUUGUCGAAGAUAAAUAUAGUGCCUUGCGCGCAUUGGUUCAAGAAGCAACUGUACCCACAGAACCAGAUUUAAACGCAAGUUCUAACAAUCAAUCGACCGACGAGUUUGGAGAAUUUGUAUCUGCAGAACAGCCUGCUACCAAUACUCCAGACACUAAUACUUUAGACGCCGACAUACUUACAGAUUUUGAAUUUAAAUCUAACAACGGUAACGCGAACACGGAAGAUUUCAAUCUCGUGCCAGAAAUUUCUGAAUCGUUUGACAAUCUUAAGCUUGAGGAUACAGUGGAAGAACGGUCAUUGGAAACGGGAAAAGUUCUUCAGAAGGAAGACGCCAUAUCAAUUAAUAGUAUAGAAUUCAUGAAUGGUGCACCAAAUGCACUGACUCGAUCAGGAUCUGUGCCUAGUUUAGAUCUUAAGUCUUUCUUACCUUCAAGUGUGGAAGAUGAGCAAAUAGCAGAUACCACACAUCAGGCUGAAUAUUGGGAAUGGAAACAAUACAUGGAAAGCUGUGUAUUAUUGUUACAAGUAGCUGCAAAUAUAUUUACAAGUAUUAAUUCCGAACUUGUGUUGCACGAAGUGUUAAAUUCAGUACAAGGAUACAACUUCCUUUGCAACUUAGCUGAAGUCGCGGCUGUUUGUAGGCGUGUUAAUUUUUCAUAUAAAGAAAUGGAUAUCAAUAUAGUAGGAUUCGACGAAUUGCUAAUGGAUAUUGACCGGAUUUGGGCAGAAAUGGAACCAUUUUAUGCAAAUAUACCGAUCGUUACGGAACUACCAGCUUGGCCUUUGCAUCAAGGAGAAGCCAUUUGUUGCUCACUUUGUUUAACGGUUAUUACCAGUGGCAGGAUAGUAUAUAAUGAAAAUAAUUAUCACGUUACUUGUGCUAACUUAUGGCUUAAUUGUGUGAAUAGUCAUUUGCCAGUGAUGCGGCAUCCGUCUUUCUAUACUCACUCGAACAUAUGUCCAGGUAACAAUCAUAUUUGAUACUGAUCUGCAUAAGGAAAAAAAAAAAUUUACGUUCGUAAAUUUUUAAUGUACACACAUUAACUUAUUACAUGGAGGAUUUGUAGAAAACAAGAACAGACUAACUUUACAUUUCAUUAACAAUUAGAAAAUCAAACAUUGACAUUUUGAAAUAUUUAUUGCGUAAUAAGAACACAGAAUUAAAA